AUGAUUCCGGAAAUUCCGCCUGUGCCGGAUGUUCCAAUCUUGCCGGAAGUUCAUCCACCUGUCCCAAUUCUGCCAGAUCACGAGCAAUUGAUUCCCAUUGUACCAGAUGUUCAGCAAACGAUUCCAGUUGUUCCAGAUCAGGAGCAACCAAUCCCCCCAAUGAUUGCAGAAAUUCAGCAACCUUUGCCAAAUGCCCCACUUCAAGCUCAAUCUGCUCCCCAGCCAAUGGACAUUGAUCAGCAGCGUCUUUCUGUUCAGCAUAUUCAACAAAUUACUCCUCAAACUCCGCAAGAAGUUCCAAUCCAACCAGCUAUUGUUGAAGCAAUACAACCAGAUGUUUCUGCCAUUCAGAAUCUUCCGGAAGCUGCACAAAUUCCACCAGAACAAAAAAAAUCAUUCCACGUGAGCAAAUUCCUGUUGCAACACUUGCAGUACUCACAGAUUCCCAAGCGUGAAACCAAGGCUACAAAGAGAGGGGACGAGCCGGGCCUGACAAAGUUGCAGGAUCGGAGUGAAUUUGGACCUGAUUGUCCCGUACCGAAUGGCCGUCAAGAUGGUGGCUAUGUGCCAACGGUUGGCCGCUGGGGCUGCGAGUGGCCAAGUUGA